AUGACCGUCCCCAAGCAGCCGAGCCAGGAUCAGUCCCUGCUGCGCCCGCUUGGGCGCCCGGCUGAGCCUCCCUGCGGGCUCCUCUUGGCUCUUGCAGGCUGUGACUCAGGCUUCGGGCAGGCGACGGCACGGCACUUGGACGCCAUGGGCUUUCAGGUGUUCGCCAGUGUGCUGGACCCCCAGGGUCCCGGCGCCAAGGAGCUGCGCAGGAGCUGCUCGCCGAGGCUGACGCUGCUGCAGAUGGACCUGACCAAGCCAGAGGACAUCCAGCACGCACUGCUGCACAUCCUCCAGGCCCACACCAACAGCACAGGGCUCUGGGGCCUGGUGAACAACGCCGGCUUCAACGACACCAUCGCCGACGCCGAGCUCUCGCCGCUGGGCAAGUUUCGCACCUGCAUGGAGGUGAACUUCUUUGGUUCGCUGCAGCUCCCCAAGGGGCUGCUGCCCCUGCUCCGCUCCGCCGGCGGCCGCAUCGUCACCGUGAGCAGCCCCGCAGGUGACCUGCCCUUCCCCUGCCUGGCAGCCUAUGGGGCCUCGAAGGCAGCCCUCAGCCUGCUCAUGGACACCUUCCGCAGCGAGCUCCAGCCCUGGGGCGUCAAAGUCAGCCUCGUCCUGCCUGGUUACUACAAAACAGCGCUGCGGUCCGACGGGGAGGCCUACGUGGAGGAGAUCAACCGCCAGUUCAUCCAGUUCAUGAAGGUGGCAGUGGAGGACCUCAGCGCAGUGGUGAACAGCAUCACAGACGGGCUCCUGGCUGCCAACCCAGCCGUGCGCUACUACCCAGGGCAGGGCCUUGGGCUCAUGUAUUUCAUACACCGCUACCUGCCCUAUUUCGUCAGAGACUUGUUCUUGAAAGGAUUCUUCAUCAACCCCAAGCUGCCCCGAGCGCUGCGGCGAGAGCACCACGACGACGCAAAGAAGGCCUGA